CGGUGACCUUUGAGGAUGUGGUUGUGAACUUCAGCAAUGAGGAGUGGAGUUUGCUGAGUCCAUCCCAAAAGAACCUCUACAGAGAUGUGAUGGGUGAAAUCUUUAGGAACAUGGCUGCAAUUGGAGGACUUGGGGAUAUCCUGGAAGCUGAAAAAGAAGGCAAAAUUUACUGGAGAUACUUAAGAAAUGACAACCUAGGGAAAUCUUAUGGACAUACAUCUUGGAGUCUGUGUAAAGAAGUAUUUCUUUGUACUGCAGAAGGUAAUGUGAAUGUGAAAGAAACAGAAACACACCACAAUGUUAAGAUCCAUGAAAAAUAUUGCAGUGGAGGGAAACCCUAUGUAUGCAAGCAAUGCGGGAAUGGUUUUACCACACAUGGAAUUUGUAAGAAACAUGAAAGAAUUCACAGAGGAGAGAAACCCUACAUAUGUAAGGAGUGUGGGAAAGCUUUUACAACAUGUACCUAUUGUCAAGUACAUGAAAGUCUUCAAUCUGGAGAAAAACAUUAUAAAUGUAAGCACUGUGAGAAAGCUUUCAGCACACGUAGUUAUUGUAUAAUCCAUGAAAAACUUCACACUGAGCAGAAAUCGCAUAUAUGUAAGAAAUGUGGGAAAGCUUUUAGCAGUAAAAUUCAUUGUCAAAUACAUGAAAGAAUUCACACUGGAGAGAAACCCUAUGUGUGUAAGCAAUGUGGGAAAGCUUUUAAUACACGGGGAGACUGUAAGAAACAUGAAAGAAUUCACACUGGAGAGAAACCCUAUGUAUGUAAGGAAUGUGGGAAAGCUUUUACCAGACCUGGACGUUUUAAGCAACAUGAAAGAAUUCACACUGGAGAGAAACCCUAUGUAUGUAAGGAAUGUGGGAAAGCUUUUACCAAACCUGGAUAUUGUAAGGUACAUGAAAGAACUCACACUGGAGAGAAACCAUAUGUAUGUAAGCAAUGUGGGAAAGCUUUUAACACACGGGGAGUUUGUAAGACACAUGAAAGAAUUCACACUGGAGAGAAACCAUAUGUAUGUAAGCAAUGUGGGAAAGCUUUUAACACACGUGCAAAUUAUAAGGUUCAUGAAAGAAUUCACACUGGAGAGAAACCCUAUGUAUGUAAGCAAUGUGGGAAAGCUUUUACCAGACCUGGACGUUGUAAGCAACAUGAAAGAAUUCACACUGGAGAGAAACCCUAUGUAUGUAAGGAAUGUGGGAAAGCUUUUACCAAACCUGGAUAUUGUAAGGUACAUGAAAGAACUCACACUGGAGAGAAACCAUAUGUAUGUAAGCAAUGUGGGAAAGCUUUUAACACACGCGCAAGUUAUAAGGUUCAUGAAAGAAUUCACACUGGAGAGAAACCCUAUGUAUGUAAGGAAUGUGGGAAAGCUUUUACCAGACCUGGAUGUUGUAAGCAACAUGAAAGAAUUCACACUGGAGAGAAACCAUAUGUAUGUAAGCAAUGUGGGAAAGCUUUUAAAACACAUGGAGAUUGUAAGAAACAUGAAAGUUCACAUUCAAUAUAAAACCAGUGUAUAUAGGCAUCAUGAGAAUGGUUUCAGCACACGUACAUAUUGCAUAAUGCAUGAAAAUCUUCACACUGGGCAGAAAACUUACAUAUGUAAGGAAUGUGGGAAAGGUUUCAGCAGAAAUGCUCAUUGUCCAAUACAUUAUAAAAUUUACACUGUUGAGAAACUGUGUGUAUGUGAAGAAUGUGGGAAAGCUUUCACCACACAUGGAUACUGUAAAAUACAUCAAUUACUUCACACUGGUGAGAAACCCUAUGUAUAUAACAAUGUGGCAAAGGUUUUACCGCAUAUAGUCACUGCAAAACAGAUGAAAGAAUUCACACUGGGAAGAACCACUGGCUAUGUAAGCAAGUGGAGACACUUUCAGCAGCCAGAUUGUAAGUGAAAUACAUGAAUAAACUUACACAAGAGAUACAUCCUAUGUGUUAUGGGAAUAUUCUCAGCAUACUUGAUCAUUGUUACAUAUCUGAAAGAGCUCACUGGGCAGAGAUGCUAUGAGGAUUGACAAUGUGAGAAAUAUAGCAAUCCAUGUUUCUUGUUAAAUGCAUAGAAAAGCAUCACUGUUCAGAUAGUUUAAAUCUAAGUUUACUUUAAAAAUCCCAAGGAGAACUGAAGAAAUAAUCAAUACAGAAGUUUGAUGUCAAUAUUUCUUCACAGAUAUUCCAGAAAUGACAAAUCUGAGGUGGAGCUCUAUUCAAUUGCAUAUGUUUUAUGAUUUUCAGUUAAUCACUUGUACCUCUCUAGAUUUUUAAAGUGUUUUUGUGCUUCAACAUGGCAUCUUGUAAUUAAACAUGCUAAACUGA